AUGGUAGUGCCACAUCUGACGCGUCUGUCCCAAUUGCAGCAACUAAAGAGAGUUACCCUCGAGCAACAAACUGCACAAGCUGACCUUAAAGCCACAUUAAACAAGAGUUGCGCCCUGUGCCUGCAACUGACUGGAAAACGGUUUAGCAUAGCAAAAGCAAUCGCACAGGCGGAACACAACAGCGCUGUCCUGAGCUACGACCUAAAGCUGAAAAUAGUCUCCAGCGAGCUCACUUGCCUUUUAAAUGCUCAAACCAAGCUGGAAAAGACUAGGCACCAGGUAAGCUUUUGAUGUGCAUGCUGGAUUGCCCUCUUAGACUCUACUGCUUACUAGGGUCUAGCUGCAUAUGUAUUGUGACACCAUUUUGGAAACCAGUUGAACAUGUGUAACAUCCGUCUGUAGCACUUAAGACGCUUCCGUGCUCGGAUAAUGAUUGAGAUUGAAGAUUACCUAGCGAAGUUGAAGAUUCUUCUGGAAACGUCAGAUCCGGUUACAGUUGCAAUCGAGCUACAGCAGUGCCUCGACGUGCUCAAUAGAAACACUCGAGCUACAUAUGGGACACUCGCUCAUGCAUUAACUUUAGCCCAUGAUGAAGCAUACAUCAAAGCGAUCGAAGAGGUCAGGAAUUGUCGUACGUCUCUCCUACGGUCCGCCGAGCUGGAGGAAGAGGAGUUUACUCGAAUUAUCGAUUUUUUGAGAGCGCAGCAGCAACAGGUUCUGAAUGAGUACGAGGAGUGGCAAGGCUCCUUUAGCACCAAAAUUUCUGUACAAAACCUAGAGGUCGCAACUGGAAUAAAUGCUGCUCACGACAACUUGUUUAUUGAACGAAUAAGGCACCAAUUUAUUGAGGAUGAGCGUGAUCGCCUUGUGUCUCAAAUAGCAUAUCUUCUGCCACAUACUUUCGAAUUUGGAUUGUUUCAGGCAAAGGCAGAACCAUCAUGGCUUUGGACGGAAGCAGAGCUAGCAAACGCCAUCGAAUCAUUGAAUGUACAGGAUAUGGAUGCACUGAUGCUCGAACAAAGCAAGUUCAGGGAGGCCGAGCACGCAAAACGAUGUGAACACAGGAAGCAACUGCUACUGAAUCGUAUCAGCGUCGAGCAACAGAUGCACCUGCUGACUUGCCAAAUAAGUGAUCAGCAAUUUUUCGUGCUACUUAAUAAGCUGCGUCAAAAAUGGUCCGAUGAGGUUUCGACAAUUGAUUUCGCCGAUAACUUAACAGCUAAGAGGUCAAAGGAACAGGAAAAUGCAUUCUGCUACAUGCUGGCCAGACUCUCACCAGUAAUUGCUCCACCCUUAGUGCCAAUCCAUGAACGUCAAGCUCUUCUAGAGAGCAGUAUUGCGCAAUGGGCAGAAUUUGUCCAUGCACUUGCAGAUGAAACGUUCCGUGGCAGCUUUCCACAAGAAUGGGAAGCCGAAUGGAUGGCUGCUACUUUACAUCAACGAGCAGUGAUGAAACUGUUUCUUGGUGCAACAAGUAGCAGGGAACCUCGGUGGGCCUUUUUAACUUACCAAGAAGCUGAAAAAGAGAGAUCAUUGAAUACGCAUCCCUUGAGAGAUAAGUUAUUGGCCCUCAGGAAACAGGCACAGAGCUCACUAGCCAGUGAUACUCUUGCCACCACCCUCUUCAGAAAGCUCAAAGCCACAUCUGAAAACCCCGAGUCUCUGGGUUCAUAUGUUGAAUUUCUCAGAGGCACUGAAUACGAUUGA